AUGAAGUCCAUAUUUAUAUCUAUUUUAUUGAUCACUGUUAUAGCUAAAGCAUAAACAAUAUUUCAAGAAUAGUCAUUUAAUCAAUAUAAAUAUUUUAGAGUUGAAAAUAUUGCAUUUAAUUUCAAAUAUACCCAUUAUACAAAUGUAAAUAAAGAAGUUGAUACAAGAAAUUAUUAGAGAGUUAAUUCUAAAUCACCUGGAAAUCAAGAAUUGAUUACAUUAUUCUAUAAAUUAUUAACUAUAUAAGUCUGA